UUCAAAGUGCUUUAUCACUUUUCUGUUACAACUUUACUUACAGCAAGUAGGUAAAACUUCAGCAGCAUUUAGCUGUAUGAAUUAGUCCCGUGGGCUAUGCCCACUGUGGUAGCAGAACUAUUUGUCAGCAGAAUUUCUUCUCACAGCCUACUCUUAUCAGAAGACAGAUGCGAUUACUAACCUCAAAUGCGGUUGCAGGCGAAUGAAGAAGUUGAGCUGAAACUGCGAACACUUCAUCUCGGCACUGAGCGGCAAAACUCAGAACUCAGUCAAGAGAGGAGGAAGCAGGUGAAAUUAAAAAAAAAAAAAAAAAAAAAAAAGAAACCCACUUUGUCAUGGGGAAAUCAGCUUCCAAACAAUUUGCUGAAGAAGUCUUGAAAGUACACAAUGACUACAGGAAGAAACAUGGAGUCCCCCCAUUAAAACUCUGCAAGAAGUUAAACAGAGGAGCCCAACAGUAUGCAGAAGAACUGGCUACUACGAGGGUCCUCAAGCACAGCUCUGAGUCCGCUAAUGGGAAUUGUGGAGAAAACCUAGCAUGGGCAUCCUAUGACCAAUCAGGAAAAGAUGUGGCUGAUAGAUGGUACAGUGAAAUAAAAAAUUACAGCUUUCAAAACCCAGGGUUUUCUUCUAGGACAGGCCACUUUACAGCAAUGGUUUGGAAGAACACAAAAAAGAUGGGAGUUGGAAAGGCAUCUGCUAGUGAUGGCUCAACAUUUGUGGUGGCAAGAUAUGAUCCAGCUGGAAAUGUAGUAAAUCCAGGCUAUUAUGAAGAAAAUGUUCUUCCUCCAAGAAAAUAACUCUAUUUUUUUUAAGGUAGUCUUAUUGCUAAAUGACAAGUGAACUUGGAUUUGGACCUAACAGUGUUGAAAUGAAGCCCAAUUCGGUGAAAUCUCCUGUUUGAUACUUCUGUUCACAUCUCAGUGUGGAAGAAGCAAUUACAUUUUGCUUGAGUCAAUCUGCACAUCAGGCCCCUUCUGCUUUUGAGGGAACCUCAAUUUGAGGAUGAACUAUAAGCAGCAUUUCUGAAGGAUAAAAUGGGUAAGAUUUUUUUCUUAAGUUUGCAUGAGCUCUGUGUCAGCAUGUGAGUAAGCACAUGUUGGAUGUCUAUCUUUUUUUUUGUUUGAACAAACAAAUGUAUAGCUUUCUGUAAACUGAAGAUACCAGCUUGUAAUUAUAUUAUGUACUCCCAGCUGUCCAGUACUUUUUGAUAACUGUACCUUGGUUGCUCUGUCUUUACCUCCUGCUGUUGUGGGACCUACUCUCUGCAGAUGGAACAUAUGCAAAACUUCCUGUAUGAAAGGUACAUGUGUAAAAUGUAGUGGAAUUCACACCUGUGUGUUUUUAUUAAGAGGAUCUCGCAGAACACUAAAAGGCUGCUGGCAAAACUGUGGCCAUCAAGCAAACUGUAACUAAUGCAUGAUCUAAAAAAAAAAAAUCUAAAGUUUUUAAAUCUCAUUUUCGAUGCUGAUAUAUAAAAUAUGUUUGAGAUGAGUAUAUUUUUAGUUCAAAGUGUAUCCUACAGUUUACAGUAUGUACCUUGUAUUAUAAUCAAAUUGUUUACUUUCAUUGCAUAAAAAUAAGAUUCUACUUUUUUUUAUAUUUAUGCACAAAAAAGUUUCUUUGAUGGUGUACUUUGGAUUUUAUUUCUCAGUAACUUAUUUUUAUUUCCUAAGGAAUAUCUUUUAAAGGUGUCAUGCUAUACAGGCAAUAACAAUCCCAAAUCAUCUCAUCUCCUUUAAUAAUGUAACAGUAGGGGUAUUCACAUUGUCAUAAUUAAGAGAUGUAUGCUCUUUAUUCAUAUUAUUCAAUAAUAGUACUAUUUCACGUUCUGGAUUGAUGCCUUGAAAACAAUGAAGAUUUAAUUUCCUUGAGAACAAGCCAAGCAAAAAUUCUGGGGACACUCUUUUCUCUGAUUAAAUGUGGAUUGGGCCAUUUUGGCCAGGUUCAUAUGCUCUGCUUCAAUUUGGGGGUUUGUUUUCUUUGUAAAAGUUUCUCUUGACUUUUGCUGGGAUUUUGUAUGCCAUAAUCUGGUUCAUGGACAGUCCCAUUACAGAAAUACUUUUUUUUGUUUACACAGUUGUAAUAAACUGCACUCUUAUGGCUUGAUUAUAUGUCACUGUGAUGCUGUUUGUUACAAUUUUUUUGCUGUAACCAAGAAUUUGACACGUAUCAUGACAACUGAAAAAUAAAUAUUUUUGAAUAUGAA